AAUUGAAAAAAAACUUGUAUACUCUGCGGUAAUAUCUUCAAAUGCCUGCUUCCAUUUUUUUUACCAUAACUGAUCAGUUAUUUGCUUCAGAUACGCAAUAAGACGACUGUGUACAGCAGUUGUUAAACUGAAACUAUCAACAAUAACAACUAAGGCUUUAACUGUUGAAACGUUGCACCGAUAUAUCUCUAUGAAGUUGAUCGUCUACAUAGUUUUGGAGAUGAAAAUGAGAAAUGAGACACACAUGUAUCUUGAUUACCGAGUAACGUUUACUCAUUCUUAUACCCGGUCAUCGAUUCGUGCAGCAUGCCAAAGAUCCAUGUAACGAUAUGACAAUACAUUUGCAUAAUACACUGUUAUGUGCUUAUUGAAGACAGAAGAGAGAUUAAAAUGAGGGAAACUAACCAGACCGUAUUGCAACGAUGGGAGGACGAACUUCCUCAGUCGAAGGUCUACUGGAUGUUGAUCGCCAUUGUAGCAGCUCAGGUGUGGACGAUAUACCUGACUUACUACAACUCCCGUAUUCUUGGAUUAAUUUUAACAGCCAUUCUCAACAAAUUCAUCAAAUAUGGUGACAUUAGACUUGGGUCCUUCUCCUUCUCUGUGCUGUCUGGUAAAUUGAUGUUUCGAGAUGUGCACCUUAUUACAGAAGACUUCUCCUUGCGUAUUCAUAUUGGCUACAUGAUUUUCCGAUGGUGGCGACCCUAUGUCUAUAAAGAUCUGACAGAAGACAUGUCACACUCAGAGACACGGCUGUCUGUGUUUGUAGAUGGGUUUGAGUUUCACAUUUACAAUCGUUCAAAAACAUAUGCUAUGUUGGAGAAACUGUUUGGUUUGAAGCCUAGUAUCAUCCUAGAACAAGAAGAAGCACAAGUAACACCAAAGACAAGGAUCAAGGUUCCACAAAAGGACAUUCAUUGGAGAGAUCUGAUACCAAUGAUCAAGAUGGAUGUCAAUGCAGGCCGUGUCGUGUUUGGCAACUAUCUUUUGCCCCAUAGCUUGCUUAUUAAAUUUGAGAAAGCUGACAUCAUGUACACCACAAAGCCGGCUUCCACAUUGUCAGACCUCUUCAUGCAUGUUGUGAAGUGCGAGGCUGAGAAUCUGCGUGUCAUGUUUGUGCCCAGUCCCAAGUAUAAUGGACCUCGUGAUGAGCCUCCUAGAACAAUGGGAGAAGGUUUUGAUGUACUUAAGUCAAACAAAGUUGAUAUCUAUUUCUACAUGGAUGAGCCAGGUCUUGUGCCACAUGAACCUGAGUGUCUCCAUAUGGCAGAUGGAGAAGUUUUAGUGAGGCGAACAUAUCCUUGUUCGGGUGUUGACAUCAAAUGUGACAAAAACACUGACCUGAGUUAUGGACCAUGGGCAGACCGACAGAGAGAGCACCUGUGGAAAUUCUUCUUCCCUGCCGACUAUCAGCUAUUGGUACCAACACCAGAAGCACAGCCUGGCGAGAAGCGCCAGUAUAAGACUCUUGAAAUCAAGCUGACCAUUAACACCAACUCUAAUGUUGACAUUCUUUUCACUAAAAACCUGGUUACCCAAGCAAUCCACAUGAAUGCUGGUAAAGGCUCAUAUAUUGAGGCCAUUACCUGGACAAUUGAAGAUAAAGGUUAUUCCACUAAGGUCAAAGGGCAACUGAUGUUGGUUGAUGCCUCAACCAGCAUGCCAUUUCGUUCACUCUUUGAGUGUGAGACUUUUGAGUUUGACAUCACAGCUAACUACCCUUGCGUAUGGAAUCAACAUCAGGAAUGGCGAGUAGACUUCACAGCAUGCAAAGCUGUUGUCUAUCUCAUCUUUGCUCACAAAAAUUUCUUCAGAGAUCUGGCUGAUGACUGGUCAGGCAAAACAGUACCUGACUUGUACAGCUUUGUCCCAUAUACCUGGACUAUCAAUUUGCUUGUCAAACAAUUUGAAGUUGUCACCCUCGCUAAUGAAUACAACUGGAUUGAUACUUCAUCCCAGUAUCAGGAAAAUGCUCACAUUGCAUUUUGUGGAGAAUUGUUUGAUCUUUGUGUGACUCUACCUUAUGUUGACUUCUUGCCACCUACAUUUCCAAUACAAGUUGUGAUCAAGGGAGAAAACGUGGAUUGUCGUCUGUACUUGGUUGAAAACAACACUAUUCGUCAUGUAAUCAUUGCCAUCUCAGAGAACAUGCGCAUUAUGGAUAGAGAAGGUAAUGAGAUGGACAAGCCCUUUGGAUACAGUCGAGACAAGCAAUGGAGGAAGUUGACUAAGAGAAGUGCUGGCUGGGUGGAUUGCUGGAACACAUCAAAUGUGUCGUUGACUAUCACCUACACAUACCACCCCAUUCCAGUCAUUAAACAUUUAGACAACCCAUUCCUGAUGUUUUCUGGGAUCACUCCAACAACUCCUGAGCAGGAAGAAGCAAUGUUGAUGCCUCUGCGGCCAGACCAUCCCCAUGCCCAUGUCAAAGUCACUCCAGAGAACUUUGAUGCCAGUGAAUGGCCACCAGAUCUCAUCAGCAUUGAAUUGGAGGUAGCGCCUUCUACUCUGUGUUUGUAUGGAUCACUGCUGAGGAAUUUUUUACAUGUCAAGGAAAACUAUUUUGGAGAAUAUCAAAGUUUGACAGACUUUGAAGACAGUACUUUCAGUCGUGAUGAUGUGGAGAACAACUUUGUUCAUGUCAACACCCCCAAUGACACCUCUGAAUGUGAGCCCUUUGACCAUCGCUUGUACCGUUCCUUUGCUGUGACAGUAUCUGUAACAAUACAUGACAUCCAGGCCCACCUUGUAAAGAACUGCAACAAAGAUGACCCCCCAUGUCCUUGUAUCCAUGUCGAGCGACUGUGCUUUGAGAUGGACAAGCAGUAUACCAAUACCAGACUUCAGCUUCUUCUGUCCCCUUGUGUUCUGGUGGCCAAAGACAUCUUACAAAGACAAGGCGAUCAGGAUCACCUGCACGAAGGACACCUGGCACUUUCAGGUUUGCAGGUGCGGGGACAUGCCAUGUUCUCUCAUGAGGGGUUACCACUAGAAGCGGAGGUGUUAGAGUAUGCAUGGUUGAUUGAAGCCAUCAUCGGCACUGUCACUGGAAAACUCACAUCCCCACAGUUCCAGAACAUUGCAGAAUUUAUUCAGACUUUUGUGAUGGCUGCUGAUAAUCCUGAAAACAAGCUGAUGCGAACAGUCCCUUACCAGAUGUGUCAGCACAUGCUGCCACAGCCUCAAUGUCGCAUGCUGCCUGAUGUUCCAUUUCCUUGCCCAUCUUCAGAGGACAUCAAGUAUCGCAUGAUAAGAGUUUCCCUUGACUCAGUCAAUGUUUUCUGUGUUGAGGCUGGAUCUGCAUUAAAUUUUAUAGUACGGCCAGUGCGCAUUGCAAGCUGUAAUUUGCAUGGUCCAACAACAUGUGCUGGUAUUACAGGACUGAUUGAGCAUGUUGCUCUGAAACAGUACAUUAGCUGUGCGGAGAGCCAUGUUGACAACAAGCACACAAACACAUGGCUGGAGGCUGGUGGAUUUGCUCUAGGCCCUAUCAGCCUUGAGGCAGCCAUUGCACUGCCUAACCCACAGCUCCAUGCAAUUCAGGAUGCAUUUCUUCGUCUUCAUGAUAUGCAGCUAAAGCGGUUAUGGUUUCUAUGGCCACCAGAAGAAACACAGGCAGCACAGAAUCCUGCUGUGAAUGGAAAGUGUGGAUGCCUUGGUGGGUGCCAGUUUUUUGGGAUGAACAAGAAUGGCUUGACUUUUUUUAAGCCACGUAAGCAGCGGGAGUCUUCUCAGGUAGCCAUUCCACAGGUCUGCACCAUGGGACAUGACCCUGGGUUUGGUCAAAGUUUGCUUCAUGAGGGGAAACUUGCAUUUGAUGUUAGCCAGAGUGAAGUUGGAGUGCGCCCUUCACCAAAGGAUUCUCCAACACAGUUCUCAUUCACACGUGGCUACAUGAGUGACUUAGCAAGUCCUGAAGGGGUUGAAGUAGCAACAGUACGAAUGGCCACAGCUAGCUCUGCUAGCAGCAUGGUGGAGAAGAUCUCUGGAGAAGUGACAUUUCCACAGACACCUUUAAAAGGCAUGGAAGAUGUAGCUCUGCUUCAGGAGCAUGGGUCCAUCAGCACAGCGACCUCUCGACCUUACUCUUCUCACAGUGAUACCCAGGCAUGCCUUGCAUCCUCUCCACUCAGUGCUAACAAGGGCUUAAAGGAUCCACAGUCUAGUCGUGAGGACCAGCGUGGUCAGUCCAACAUAGGAAGCAUUAGUUUGUAUGUGCAUCAAAUAUUAGACAGCUCCAACAUCCUCCCAUCACCUGUUGGCUUGCAGAGUGACCAUCGAGGGUCCAUUUCUAGUGGCAGAAGUCUUGAAGGUGUACACACACGAUUUUCAAGCAAGUCAUCUCUGGCAAGUCCUGUCUCCCUGCGCCAUGCUCUGGAUAUGGGAUCCAGCAGAGUGAACUCAAGUGUGUCUUUGGAGAGUGAACGGUACUAUUCAGCUGAAGAAGAUACCACCUUCAGCUCAGAAAUCGAGGGACCAACCUCAUUGUGUACCAACUCAACAUCAUCACAAGAGUUUUCUCAUCCAGUGAUGCUGACUGUUUUUGAUAAUGGUAUGCGUGAUGAUCAAGAUGGAAUACAGAAAAUCAGGGAUAAAGCACUUUCCAAGGAAGUGUUUUUGACUCUGCAAGAGAACAGAACCCUGCAGGACAGGGACAGGACGCUUCAAAACAGAGACCAAUUCCUUGAUGGAACUGAAGAAUCAUUAGAGAAAGCUCAGGACAGUUUCUUCAAAACACCUGUAGCUGAAGGUAAAGAUGAAGAUGAUGACUUCGCUACAUCUUCUACUACUUCUUCCACUCUUUCUUAUGCCUCAGCUCCCAGUGAAUUGGACCCUGAUCUGGAUGAAGUUCCUGAGGAUUUUACUCUUGUACAUCUGCACAAACACAUGAAUCAGCCCAUUACCCAGUCACCACUUCUUCUCAACUGUUAUGUCCGCCAUCUGUCCCACUUUCUGUGCCAGGACUGGACAUGUGCAGGGCCUGCCCAUUCUUUGUGCCCAUCAAGGAAAAGUCUGCGCUCUGUUCAUUCAGAGUAUUCAUUGUCUUCAGCCAGUCACUCUGUCUACAGUAACACUUCCUCCUGGAUGCCUCAUUUCCAGAAGGUGAAAGAAGGUUUCAGUGUGAGUAGUAUGAGGCAGAAAGAAGAGAUGAAGCUGCCAUCUCCACCACUCAAGAAACCAAGUUCAUCACUCUUCAGUUUCAAAACGGAGCAGGGGGAUAUGGAGGAAGAUGAUGCUGGUUCAGUAAUAACUUUGACAGACAAUACAUCAAAGACAACAGCUGUUGUUCAGGUGUCUGGACCUCUUGAUGUAUUGAUCACACCAUUGCUUCUGGAAUCAUUGCAGCGCUAUGUAGAAGCCGUCACACCCACAUUGUCUAAGCUUCAUCCUUCGGCAUUGAUUGAUGGGUUACACAGUCAGUGCUUGGAUCGUCUGAAGCAGCAGAACAAAUUAAAAAAACUAUCAGAAGAUGAUGAUGUAGCUGUACCCUUUAAUACAAGUCAACCACCUCCCCGCACCGGCAGGUGCGAUGGAGUCGGACAUGAGGGAGGUCUCGAUGUGGCAAAGACCUCUUCACUGCAGGCACUGUUUACAGUGCCUAGGAUUAACAUCUGUGUGCUGCAAGCUUCCAUAGUUGAAGAAGUGAUUCCUUUCUCCAGUCUGGAAAAUGUUAAUGACCUGACUGCUGUAUCAUUGCUAGCUAUGUGUGUGGACACCAUACGAUGCCAGCUGUUAGCAAACCACCACUCUUGCAAAAUGAUGUGUGCCACACCAGGUGGUAAAGAAGCUCUGGGACCAAAACUAAGCACCUCUUCUGCUACACCUUCAACCAAAGCUGGUCAAGAUCAGGGAGGAGAAAAGGACAAAGACCAGCGCAGAGAAGUCAGCCGUGAAGAGAAUGUCGGCACAUUGAAAAUUUCACGAGUUCACUUGCAGUUACGACGUCUGCUUAAGCACAGCAAUUUUUCUGAAAAUAUCUUGUUGACUGCCAUCCCAGAUUAUAUGUCAAGUGUCCUCUUCACAUUUUCUCAUGAUGGCAGUGCCACAAUUUCUUCCUCGUCCUCCAGCCAUCAGCAACCUUUGUCUCCUCGUAGGCGCCUGUCACGGCAGUCCAGUCGAGACUGGCGGGAUGACCCCAGUCUCACAUCAAUUGGUUUUAUCAUGUUGGAAUGUGGGCUGGAAGAUGUUUCAAUCACAGCUGUUCGUCGACUUGGUUAUAAGGCUUCAGAGGAUGUACACAUGGAAGAGAAGCUAGAUGGUAUUGAGAAACUGCUCACAGACUUGCAGGCAUCUACAAAGGAUGAAAUUGAAGAGCAGACAGAGAGCACCUCUAGCCCAACUGAUGAACCGGUACCCCUCAGCUCUCCUUCUGCUCAGCAGAGUACUAUGUCUGUGUCAUCGUCAUGGAAUUCAACAUCAUCCUGUCCUUCAGAACCAAUGGACAGGAAGCGUUUUCAGCAAGCAAUUGAACCUCUUAAGGGAGAUGCUUCAACAGGCAUUUUAAGACUAAACAUGGUGUGGUUCAACUUUGCAGCCCCUCCACCAAUAUCCAUCAAAAAGAAAGUUGAUUUUACUAGACUUGACUGGAACCUUCUCAGUACAGCUACACCUGCAAUCAAUGCUUGGAUGAAUCCAUCUGACCGUCUCAUGAUGUCAGUAAGGCAGCUGGUUCGAGCCCUAAGUAUGCGCACCUGUUCAGUUGUUGCAUGUAUGAUGACAGAAGCUCUUGAUGUGCAGGGAAUACAUAUACCUUACAAGAGCAAAUUCAGCAAGCUAUCGGCACUGUCAAAGACACUGCAAGAAGACCCCUCUUGCCAGCUGUUGACUGUGUUAAGAAAAUACCUUCAUAAAGUUGGAACAGACCCUGUUGAACAUGCGGUUGCCUCAGAGACAGUGCCACAGAUAAUCACACUACAGAAGGGUAUUUUGGCACUCAUGCGCCAGUGGAAAAAUGUCUUGUACAUGCCUAACUUGGAUGAGGUCAAUUUCAAAACAAAGAAACCUGUACGUCCAUACAAUGUGACAUUUUCUUUGCCAACAGCCUCAGAAAGUGUUGACAAUCUUUGUAUGGAUGAUGGAGAGGUCACAGUCGAGAAUUUUGAUGUUGUUGAUGAGAGAAUGUCUUUGCUGCAAGCAGAAGGCGGUUCAAUGCACAAGACACCUUCUAAUCCAAGCAUUGCUAGUAGGGGUAAACAGUCCUUAAGUACUGGAGGCAAGGGUGAAAAUUUGCCACCUGAUGAAGGAAGUGUGGGAUCAUCUGUGUCUAUCAAAAACAAGAGACUUGGCAACUUCUUUUCUAACAUAAGCAACAAAAACAGACCCAAAGGAAUAUUCAUGUCUUCAUUGGGAGGACUUGAUUCCCCAGAACAUCGGCUUUCACCUACUCCAAACCUUCCUUCUGGUGCAUUGUUGCGCAAUGACAGCAACCUCAGUUUUGUGAGUGCAGAAAGUGCAUCAAGUCUGGAGCAGCUGGUGUCACCAACACCACCCCACACACCUUUAAAGAUUGUAGGUGCGGGAGCAAAACCACAGUCUAUUUUGAAAAAUCGCCAGCAGCAGGAGGAUUUAUAUCAGUGGAUGGCAAAACAACAGGAAGAAUUCAAGAUGCCACUUGAGGAGGAUCUGAAGUAUAGUGUUGGCCGACAACACCACGACUCGUGGACUGGUCUGGGAAGUUCCUGGAGUCAGGAGGACUCGCACACAGACCUCAAUGAAGAGAACUGCACUAUGGCAACGUCCAUAAUGCAGUUGGCUGAUGCACAGAUUUUGUUUAAGCCAUUCCUCCAGAGUUUGGGCCUCCAUGUUGAAAGUGUGAGACCCUCAGCGAUGAUGAAGAACUUUGGUGGACAUCUCCUUUUGCAAGGGCACCUAGAUGUGCUGAAGGUCCAGAUAGCUGAAUCUCAGCCAUCUCCGUACCACAAAAGCAAGAGCAAGAACAAAGGCAAACGUCACCGGCCAGUCAUGAGUGGAGGCACACCAGCCUUUGUCUGUGAGGUCUUUGAAGUUGAUGUGUCAAUGAAAGAUGUUGUUGACUUUGGGGAAGCAGAAGAGAACCAAGGGAUGCCAGUGUUUCCACCAUUCGCCAUGCACAAGCUUGAGGCCAAACCUACUACACUGCAGAUCAACCUAAUGGUUGAUUGCAAGGCCAUUACACAGCAUGUCGACAUGGCCCUUUUGAGGCUUGUGCAUCAGGUACUAACAAUGGUAGACAAUAUUAAAGAGACUCAGGUGGAAUUAAAAGAGCGGCAUCCAUCACCUGACUGGGUUCAAACCCAUCGUAAGCAGGAGUCAAAGGAUUCUACCUCUAGUGCUGACACUCAGCAGUCUGACCUAUCACACACAGAGCAUCUGGCCUGUGACUUUUUGUGUACAUCUCAGAGUAAAUCGGGGACUGGUCAUGUGUCUAGUCACAAUACUGAGAAGGAUCCACGUCCAUCACAGCCAGCAAAGACAGCAUCUCCAAAGGCUCAUCUCUUGCAGUGUGUUCAUGGCACAAAGAGACCUGAAGCCCUAUCUGUGUCAACGUCUUUAAAACGAAGCUUACCACAGCUGCGUUUUGCCAAAGACGCAAAAAAACCACAGAGUGGAAAAUCUGAUUCAGCAUCCUCACAACAUGCAGCUGUCAUGACUCCACCUCAAUCUUUGAACCUCAGUGACUCUGUUACCAUUGACAUUGCUGACACAUCCUCACCUGCCAUGGCAGAAAAGACCAUCAUUGAUGAGAUCAAAGAAAGCACUCCACAGUGCUGGCGCCACCUUUACCACCUUCUUGACCUGUAUGCCACCAUGCCAGAACCAAAAACAGUGAUGCGAAAGUCUACCAUCCAGAAGCAACUGCCUGUCAUUGUGGAAGAGGAUGCAGAAAAAGAGAGUGUAUUUCGUCAUGACCUUGAAAAAAGUGUACCUGUGCAACAUGAAGAAAUAAAAAUUCGGCCAAGAUCCAUGAAAAAGAUUGAUAUUGCAGGUGCAGAAGAAUCAGGUCUUGGAGGCCAUCCACCUCUUGCAAGAACAUCUUUCAUCAGGACUCGAUUCAAGCAGAGUAUCUACAUUGGAGAGAGUGUGCCCAUAGUGGUUUUUGGGAUUGCGAAGAUCCAGAAGGUACAGAUGCUUGCUGAACUGAGUGGACUUAAGCUGGAGGCUGAGCUAAGGAAAGUUCAUGCUUCCGGCACAUACAAACAGAAAGUUAAAGGUGUACAGCACAGAAAAUCCUCAGACUCGUCCUUCACGGCCCAUGUAGGUCAUACAAUGAUCAUGCUGCUUGAGGGUGUGCCACCAGAAAUGCAGACGGUUGUCACAAUAAACAUCAACAAAUCACAAGCCAUGCUGACCACUCUUAUGCGCCGAGGCAAGGAACACAACUCUGCACUAGUAUCCAUAGGUGUGAUAGAUGUUAACAUACCUCAGCAUCCAGUGGUACUUCAUGGCAUGAUGACACGCAGCUCGCGGCGCCUGACAUCAACUCUCCAGGAGUUUCGCUGGCCACUUUCUCGAACUGGAAAAGGUCAAGAGAUGCCCAAUGAAACAAACAAUGCAGCUCCACAACAAGAGAAGGUGGUUGAGGCUGGCAGAAUGUCAGGAGGCCAGCCCAUAAAGAAGUCAGCAGAAAAGGCUACAGACACAGGACUGCACAUCCACUUCAAGGCUGUUCUUAAUGGACUCAUCAUUGGUGCUUCCAUUCUGCCCUCACUCAAAGCUCAGCACAAGACUGGGUCAAUCACAGUGACUGGGCUGACAGGAAAGAAAGCUCGUUUUAACUUGGUGCUGCCUAAACAUACACUCAGCUUCAAGUCAAAGGUCACCACUUCAGGUGAGACAACUAUACCCUCUUCUGCGAGCAUAGAACUACCUCCCAUCCAGGUGAUGGCAGACUACCGACAUGCCAAGUCAGAAGGGACAGGAGGUUCUAUUCAAAGUGCUAGGAUGGAGGAGGGCCUGCAGCUUCGAGAGGGAAGUUAUCUCAACGCUAUAGCUGAAGUUGGCAUGUUGGAGCACAGUCUCACCACAGACCUGCUGAACCACCUGGUGUUUGUGCAGAAAGUCUUCAUGAAGGAAGUCAAUGAAGUGGUACAAAAAGUUUCUGGGUCUGACCAACCUUUACGACUGUGGUCAGAUGAUGACAAACGUGACACAGGAACUCCUCGUGACACUCUGCUUUACUCCUUCUCCAUUCGAUUGAAAGGUAUUCAAAUUACAGCCACAACUCCAACAUCAAAUGCUGUAAGAUUUGAAACAGGCGAGAUUACUCUUGAUGUUUCCAACCGUGUCCAAAUGGCUAGCAAGGAGGCAACAUCAGAUAAUGGGUUGGAGGAAGCCCAGAAAAUGUUUGUUCAAGCUGUAGUUGAUCUGAACCUGGCUCUUGGACAGCUUGUGAAGAACCCUGUGUUUGAAGAGGCAGAGCCAGAGUUCUAUACUAUGGCAUUCUUCAAGACAACCAUUAGGGUUCGCAAUGCUCUUCAGGAUGAGAUGGUGCCACAAUUAUCUAGUGACCAGGAAGCAUUGCUUAUUCAUCUUUCACGCCCAAUCAUGCUUGCACAGCCAAUGGCAUUUGACAAAGCUGUGCUGGUCUGGUUGAACUACAAGAAUGCCUAUGAGUACUGGACAGAGCAGCGAAUGGCACUCAACACAGAGGUUUUAACAGCUACACGCCAGGUGAUGGACAAGCUGCCUCAGAUGGCUGUCUCAUCUGCCUCUCAGUCUUUCAGCACCCUCUUCCUGCAGCUGACAGUUGAUGACAUGGGCAUAUGUGUACCGAUGAACUCUUCUCCUUUCCAGAGUCAGGCCCCAGCAAGUAGUCGUCUGGUUGAGAGUGAGCCAGGGGCGGCUUUAGUGCUGACUGUUGAAAGUACAGAGAUUUCUGCAUGCUCUUUUGGGUCACUUGUCAGCAAGGGAAAGUUCAAAGGUUUUUGCUUACGUUUUGCUGGAGACUUUGAAACAUCAUGGGACGAUUGGAAACCCAGCAAAACAGAUCCUAUAAUGAACAUCUGUACAGUUCCAGCAGGAACCUAUGAAGUGUGCUCACGCACCAUUAACAAGCAGGCCUCAGACCCGCUUGGAAAUGCUAAGUGGAUUUUGAAUGUGUCGUGGGAGAUGCAAGGCAUUGAUGUCCACCUUGACCCAAACAUCGGUAAGCAGCUAUCUGCACUUGGUCACACACUAACAGCCAUUGCUGGGGAGUCAGAAGAGUACCAGGAGCACACCUUUGAUGAGACUGAUGCUGGGGAUAACAAUGAGUUUGACUGCGAAGCAACUGACACAGAGUUUGGCUCAAGAAGGACAAGUCUUGUGGAAGACAUCCUUCCUGAAGAAUAUUUUAGCCAUGACAUUGACCCAAAAGAAAGAGCACGACACAUUGAACGUCAGAUGAAUGAACAGGCCAAGAUUGUUCAAGAUCUAAAACAACUAGGUGCAAGUGAGUCUACAAUUGAGGCAGAGAAGCGUCGUUUAGAAGAACUACAGAACAUGCUGUUCCAUGACUUCCGCAGGGAUGUUCUCAAUCGGCUUAAACGACAAAGCAACAGGGCAUCAGUUAUACGGGAUAAGCUUGGUCUCAGUUCCAGACCAGCACACAUGAGAUCAAAGUCAUAUGGAGGGAGACGCAGAGAAGGGUCUUUCAUUGCGCAACAUCAUCAGAUUAAUUCCCACACAUUAGGUCGACCAUGCUCCUUACGACAAGAUGUUGAUCCCCAUCCCUCAUCUGCACGUGUCCAGUUUGGUGGAACUGAACAUACCACAUAUACACCGCCCAGCACCCCAGAGGGGUUGUCAGCCAGUUUUGAUGAAGGUGAUUUGGCUCAGCCUGAAAGACAUUACCAUUGCUUGAAAAAGACAUGGUCAUUACAGGACAUCAUAUCAUCAGAUUCAGAAUCUGUUUCAUCUUCAGAGGAUGAAGAUGGGAAUUCUUUGUCUUACACAACUGGUUACAGGCAACAGGACCAGAGAAGUGAUAUUCCUCAUGCCACAGCAGCAGGCAAAGGUAGCAUGGAGCCAAACAUUGAUUUUGAGCUAGAUGUCCGCAUUUUCAUUGACAGCGGCAAGUGCAUCCUUCAUCCGAAAGAUAUCAAGGAAGAUGAUUUUAAGAAGCCAACAAAAAGGGAUCGACAUAUGUCAGGGGAUGAUCUGUCAACACCAACAUCCAAACAGAAGCUAAAGCGAAUGGAGUCUGCACCCCCAAACAUCAUGAACAAGAAACAAGCAACGCAAGUGGAGACAACUGUCUUCUUCCUCCCCAGUGUGGAUGUUAAGGUACAUUACAAUUCCAAGACAAGUUUCUUCGAGAUGAACAGCUCUUUGGGCAGCACAGCUGACUUUGGAUCCCGCUCAGCUCCAGUCUCUGCCUCCUUUUCACAAAUGGACGAUGUUUUCAAUCCACGCUUGACUCAUUUUGCCCCAGCAGAUCAGGCUAGGACAGGUCGUCACAGUUUCUUGGGACUAAAUGACUCUCUGAAAUCACUUUCUGGAGAGUCAGCCAUGGAUGGAAGUGAGGCAACUUCACUGACAGGAGGUACUGGAAAGAAAGCAGUAAAAAAGGCAAACCUUUAUGCUUGGCUGUCACUGCAGAGUUUGCCCGAGGAGAUGAUUAUCAGCCCUUGCCUGCUUGAUUUCUUGGAACAGGCUCUUGAACCACUUCCCAUCUCUCAGCCCACCCAGAACAAGAAAGAUAAGGGGAGUGUGAUUCACCUUAACAUGGAUCUAGAUGCAUCUCAAGUUUCUUUGGGACUUCCAAUGGGUGCUGCAUUCUUUCCUGUUGAUGUUGUUGUUAACAUCAAGGUUGAGCCUUCAAAGAUUCGUUUUAACUGCCAGCCAAUUUCACGUGUUGAGUGCCUUGUGCAAGUGCCAUCUCUUGAGCUGGUCUUUUCUACAAAAAAAACAGAUGUAGAAGGUCUCUUGGGUGAGGGCACACCACCUACGAAACCCAAAUUGGGGAAAAGGCUCUCUUCGGGAAACCGUGACCGUCAUGCCAGUGGAGGGGCACGUCCACGUGUGGGGAGUACAUUGUCAGACAAUUCCUCUGCAGCAGCUGCAAACUCUGGAGGGCUGAGUGUAACAGGCUGUUUGUCUGACUUUUCUCUUUAUGUAUUUCAUCCUUACGGAGGGGGCCAACGACGCUUUUUUCACAGUUCUCCAUAUAGUGGAAACCAGAGAGGCUAUCUUGGCAGCAUACUUGAGCAUGGCUCUAGCUUCACAGAAGUUACAGGCAAGGAUUCCCUUAGCCUGAAUGUUGAAUUUAUCCGAGUGAACAUAUCCCGCACACGCAAAAUGGAGGUUCAUGCAGGAGGAGAGACUAACAAUGGCAGCAGCAAACUGGACCCUCAGAUCAAAUCAACUGUUGUACGAUUCUCAGCCAUUUGUGACAUAGGGAAGGCUUCUUUCAAAUAUGACAUGCGCAGACUUUCUGAGAUACUUUCUCUGCCCAAAGCAUGGUACCGACGCAACUUGGCACGUCGACUUUUUCUUGGAGAUGAUAGCAUGGCUCAAGUUGGUGGCGAGGAUCUUGAAAAAUCCAGUUCAUCUUCAUCACCUGAAGCCAGUGAGCAGCGUCCACUGUACAUGUCUCAGAAUUCCAUGUCCUCCCCUUCUAUUCACAAGCUUUUGACCCCACAAAAACGUACCCAUCACCGGCGAUCAUCUUCAGGGGAUAAGCUAAAAGUUCAGCUGAGUCCUGAAUUUAAAAAAGAAAUAGCAAGCAGACGAGGUCGCAGCAUGACACAGCAGUCUCCAACUGAGCUGUCUUCAAGGGAUACCAGUCAAGCAGCCUCAAAAGGCAGCACAGGAAUAUCAAAAAGUCGUGGCAAGCACAUGUCACCAGACUUACAGCAAAGCCGACACUCCAUGCAACCCAGCAUUAAUGUCAUGAGUUCCUGGGAGACCUUGGUUUUGUUUGCAGUGAACUUAUCUCGCCUGGAUGUUGAGGUCAACAUGAGCAAUGUCAUGGGACAUACUAUUUGGAAGACCAGGGAGGUGAAGAGUACUGGCCGGUUGUCCAUUGAUAGCAAUGGUCACAAGAAUCUUAAAAUCAGUGCUGGUCUUGGUGGCUCUUCAUUUGACUCUAGAGGGGGAGUUGUGGGUGGAGCCAUUGACCUACAAGACCUCAGCACUUUUUUUCAAGUGAGUGAGGAUCCAGAUCUAGGCAAGGAUCCAGACCACAGAGCAGGUCUGACACUUUACGCAUUAGAGGGCCGAGUGGACUACAUGGGUUCCAGUGUUCUCAUGACUCGCCUGAGUUCUCUGGAUGUCUUCCUGCAUGAUGAGUGGCAUGUGGAAAAAGAUUUUGUUCAGGACACGCCUGUUGCCACCAACAGGGCAGCCAGCCUGUUUGUCAAUGGGUCCCUGACCUGGGAUAGAUUUAAUGUGAUGAUUUCCCGCUCUACCACCCCAGACCUGAUAAAACUUUUUGGCAAGCUUGAAGAAUUCUUCAGUCAACACCUUACAAGCAGUCGACGAGCUUUCUCAGCCUUUGGACCCAUCUCGUCUGCUCGUCGAGCUGAGAGAAAAGUAUCUGAGGAUGCUGUACUGGCAGAACUUCGGCAUCAUCGCCACUGGCAAAGUGCAUUGGAACACCUAACCGGUUGUCAGUUCUCCAUGUUGCCACAUGUAUUGCCUAGUCAAGGCAUGAUUCUGGGAGGCACCAUUACACUUAAGGGUCACUAUCUGACUUUAGCCUCCUUCCAUGGAAUCAACUUCCGCUCUAAGUACUGGGCUCUCUUCAACAUUCAGCAUCCCUACAUUCUCUUCUCUACUGAGGCACAAACCAUGCAGGAAGAGGGUAUCCAUAUCGUCCAGGACUUGCAGUUUAUGAUUGGACAGCAGCAGGCAGCAGCUGUAGCUGCAGUGUCAGAUGGUCAGCCCAUGGCCACCAUCAGCAAAGUAUCUCGUGGGCACUAUGCUCCUCAGCAAUUCACUAGUGUUCGCGAGUGGUUCCACUAUGCUUUUUCCUCCAUUGAAAAUAAAGACAUUGAGGCUUUCCCAGAGAUCCACAAGGAGCGCUUGGACAGUCCCAGUGAGACACGGAAAAGUCGCAAGCCACAGGUUUACAACCAUGAGACAGAAAUCAUCUUUGCUCUUCCUGCAUUGUAUAUGAAUCUCAAGUCCAUGCAUUUUCAAAGCAAGCAUGAGCCUCAACAAGAUGAUCCCAAGCCAAUGGUAGAGUGCAGCUUCAUUUCUGAGUUCUAUGAUCACAUAAAAGUUGCCAUGGAUGCCGAGGUCAUUCUGUUCCUGCAUGAUCUUGUCUCAUCCUACAUUAAAGAGAAGGAUAAAGCUGGAUCAAGAACUUCAAGUCAGAAUCGCAUUGAGAAGUCACCAGAGAGUGAACGUCGACGUUUGACAGAUCCCACUUCUGCUUUGAAACAGGACUGGCGUGAGUUCCACUGUAAAACUUGGCAGAUGGAGCCUACUGUUAGGCUGCUACACUGGGCCAGUCGCCAGAUUGACCCUGUAGGUGCUGAUUAUGUACUGCAAAAGCUAGGUUUCUCUCAUGCGCGUGUCACUAUUCCGAAGUGGACUCAGCGAGGCUUCAUGGAUCCUUUGGACAAAAUUCUCUCAGUACUUGUUGACAGGCUGAUAGUGACUCUCCGUGAUCAGCAGAAGGAAGAAGAGACGGAUAAUUAGCAAGAGCAGCACAAGACCACCAGAGUGAAUGGGUGGAUUAGGGACCAGAGAUAAAACUAGAUAAAUUGUGCAGACACGAACAGGAAUAAAAGUUUGAAAGCAAGCAUUUAAUGAAUCAACAAUGCAGACAAAAACUGCAAAAACUCAACAAACGUUAAAAAAGAGAACAGCAAAAAUGUGUACAUGCAGCUGAUUGGUGUUGCUGAUAAGGCUUUGCUGCUGCUGCUCAUCUUGUUGUGAUUAGAAUGUUGCAUAAAACAGCAAAGAGAAUACUGUGGAAGAUUUUUCAAAGAACAUAACUUAGUAUUCAGUCAGAAGCUGUUCAUUUUUAGCAGCUUUUUUGUGCAUUCCAUCCUCUUGGUUACCAUUGUAUCAUUGUUUUGGUUUUGGAGUGAUGAUGAGAAACGUUUUCCAGUUUGUUUAGCAGCAUGUGGUACGUGCAGUAAAUACUAACUGGGUUUUACACUCAGUUCAACGGACAAAAUAGGAGACAGGGUUUAAUCACAUAUUGUAUACUUUGCAUAUUAUCCUGUGUGUCAUUGUGCACUUUGCUUCAAACUUAAACUGGAAAGAUGCAGCAGUAUCUCAUUGUUUUUUCCUACCAAUAUAUUUUAUAUGUGUGAGACACAUUUAAAAAAAGAUUUUAUGGCUUUACUUUUUUUGGUUUGGAAUGAAAAAAACUUUUACGUUGACAGGUUAGAUGGACAAACAGAAUCAUUUUCUGGUGUAGUUUUUUGAGUCAUUUAUUCUAUGGACACUGAUGAUGUAUGCUAUUUUAAAUAACAUUAGCUGAUGAAUGAAAUUUGAAGACAUUGUGGAAUUUUUUUAUAGGGUUAUAAAUAGAUGCUGAAAGUUUUUUUUUUGGUAUGUUUUCUUACCCUGAGGUACUGGCAGUACUCUGAAAGUGCUAGAGGUACAUGUCUCAUUGAGAGAUUCUAGCCUACUUAACAGCAUUUCUUACUGUAUUCUAAGGGUGCACAUGUGUAAAAUGUCUAGCUGGGUUUUUAGACUUAUUCUGAUACUCAUUGUGCUUGUAAUAUUCACAAGCACCCAUUUACAUGUACACACACACUUUGACCUUCUGUUAUUUAUAUAUUUGUGGUUUAAUUUAUCAUAUUUUUGUUUAGGGAUAAUGUGAUAUCCUUUUGAUGCUGCCAUCAGCUUCAGCACAAAAUACCUUGCUGCUUCUGUUGCUAUUUUUAUUUUAAAGAGUGCUAAUUCCUCUUUUGGUGAUAAAUGGUGUUUACAUGUACAUGUAAUUAUUUUGUAUGCAGAAUAAUCUCUGACGGUUGUUCUUGUUUGCCUGUUUAAAUUUUCGUAUUUUGUUACACAGAGCCUUAGAUGUACCUAUUUCUGUCAACAGGAAAACACUAUAUUGCCUUCCAUUUUUUCCUGUUUGAAAUGCAUAUAGCAGGCCUCUUUGUUUUGUGGGAGUGGUUUUGCUUGCUAUUUUUUUUCCCUAGGCUACUUUAUCAUGACUUAUCUGCUUUAGUAGGCUCUAUUUCUACACAAAAUUUUCUUUUGUGUUGUUUUAUUCCAUUUUGUUUGUAGCACAGUCAAACUUCUAUAAGUCAAAGCUUCAAGGGACCUAUCAAAAAAUUCGAGUUACGAAAGGUUUGAAUUAAGGAAGCUCGUUGAAAAAAGAACUUUUUUUUCACUGCAGAUGUUUAAUUUUAACCAAAUAUUUCUUUCUCGUCAUUCUUUUAAAGACACUCUGGUACCCUGCAGAGACAUAUUUGCACAUAUAGCACACAUGUUUCCUAAGUAGAAAGGAGAAUAUGUGAGCGCAGGGUCGAUGGAGAAGGAGUACAUGAUUUUACAGUCUAUGACGUAUUUUCAGAUGGUUUCAACAUGCUGACCGGCUUGAGCUAAGGAAGUUGAAUAUGCAUUGCUUUAAUAGGAAACCAACCAAUUGAUGUUUAAAAUUUGAGUUUGGGAGACUUUGGCUUCCGGACGGUCGACACAGAAGUUUGAUUGCAUGUACAAUUAUUUCCUGCAAUUAGUACUUUAAAAAGUUGGAAUCAUGCUGUGUUUUAAUUGUAUCCUAUUAUAUAAAGAACAUAAUACUACAGCACUAGUAUACCAAUAUACGGACUGAAAUAUUUACAUUUUAUUAAAAAAAUUAUUGCUAUUAGCCCAUAUUGGUGUUUGGAGAGUACCUUGUUUUGUUUGUCAAAACUUGUAAAUCUGUUAAUUUGUAAAAGUGUUAUUUAACAUGGGUUAAUUUUCAAAUAACAUUAAUGUAAUUUAUUUUACUAAUCAUGGAGAGCAUUUCUGCACAUCUCAUUUGCAUAAUAAGCAUAUUGCAUGUUUGCCUACAUGGACAUUAUAUGCAGGUGAGCAUGCAUGUAUGUGAGGAUCACCUAGAGCAGGUUUCAGCCGAUCGACAUCAGUGGUCUGGUUGAGGCCUUAUGUGCAACCAGAUGCACGAAGAGGAUUAUAUAGAUAGAUGCAUGUAUGUGCAUGUGUGUGUAAAUAUGUGAAAAAAAAAAUUCUUUGACCCAUUUAUGCCUGAGGUUGAAAUAUUUGAAUUUGUACAUAAAUUCAUGUAUGUGACCUAUGGAUAUUCAAGGAAUAUUGAAUUUGAAGAGCAAAAAUUAUUUUAUUCCAACAAUACAAUGUGAGACAUAAAUAGGUUAAAUAGCAAGCAUUUAAUGUUUCAUUUGAUUCACAAUGCUCUGGAUAAAGUAAUACUGGUGAUAUUAUAGUGUAAUAGUGAGUAUCCCUUAGAUACACAUCUGCUGCACAAUCCAAGGAUGUUUUGGAAUAUAUUGCUUGCAUAUUCAGUUUAAUAUGCUGUAGACUUCUGCUGCUGCCCCUUCAGCACUGCCAUCACUAUUGACUUAAGUUUCUAGAACUGUUGUCAUUAUUUUCUUGACUUUUGUCUCUGGCUUCCACUUACUCAUACUAGAUUGCUCAACAUUUUGUAUAGCUGAAGGUUUUACUAUGACCUUGUCAAAGAUCAAGCUAUCAAAGAAAGGUGUUGUUAGACUAUUUAUUUUAAAAUCACAGAUAGUAUGUUCAAGCGCAAGUGACUGCAUAUCUUUAGAAAUAGAUAGCAAUGGAUUCUGUUGUUGUGCACAAGGAUAUGUAAAUACUUAAUUUAAACAUAUUAUUUGGGGAUCUUUUUGUAAAGAGGUUCUGAAUAGAUGCAUGGCUGCAUGCAUGCCCUGCUUUGAGAGCACUCGCUAAAAUCUGUAAUGGUUAUUGAAAGGGUUUCUUGCAUUAAGACUACUCAUUUGUUUUACAAGAGAACAUGUGUAUGUUGUAUUUAUCUAUGUCACUUUGAUUUGCAACAAACCACAUAAUGUGCUUAUACCAGUGGUUCUUAACCAACACUAGGGGUUCGAUGAGUCGGUCUCAGGGGUUCGGCGGAGCCUCCGCCAUGGAGGUCAAGACACACCCGCAAUUCGUGAUAACACUAAAGAAGGGUUCGGUGAAUGUGCAUAUGAAACUUGUGGGUUCGGUACCUCAAACAAGGUUAAGAACCACUGGUUUAUACUUAGGAAAAUAGUUUCCAUUUCCAGCAAAUUCGCUUGACUUAUAUGCACACUUAGUCUAAGGACGUGAAAAAGAGAGAGAUUGCUUAAAGACCGAACUUACUGCAAAUUGUUAUUCGAAUGAUUGGCCUCAUUUAAUUAAUUUUGAUUAUUCAAUUCCUAAAAUCUUUGAGCAGAUAAGGCCCUUCUUUCAUGAGAUACAUAUCUCUAGAUAUUGUUAUGCACAGAAUGAGAUCAAAUUUAUUGGAGCAUGUAUAUGUUUUUGUUUCCAUGUCCAUGUUCCACUAUGAUGGGAUCAUUUGGACCUAUUUCUGUGCAUAAGUGAAAAUUUUUGAAGGUUAGCAUAUCUUGCUUUUACAUUUUUUCAUUUACUCUUCAUGUGUUACCACAAGAUUGCUGGUCCUUUUUAGAAAUUGUGAGCUGUCCAUUGAUCUGAACUAAAUACACCUAUUUUAGACGAAAUCCUAAAAAAGCCUAUUAAAAAUAGGACAAUAAGUUAAAAUUACACUUUAGAAGUGAAAGGUGCAGAAAGUAUUGCUAUGCCAUCUUUCCUUGAGCAGCAUAUGCCCCAUUAUUAACAUUGUGGUCAUAAAAGGCAUUACAGCAUAUUGUCAAUGCAUUAACAA